GUGCAUGGGGAACGUGCCUCGUUUGUCACGUGAUGCCGGCAUGGCGGUGUUUGCGGAUUUGAACCUGAGGAAGGGCUCUGAUACGAAAGCGCUUAAGGGGCUUCUGGAGAACGCCGCUCACCUUGGGUUUUCGACUGUUGCCAUUAAUCAUGUUGUGGACUUUAAGGAAAAGAAGCAGGAAAUUGACAAACCAAUAGUUCCUUCAGAGCUCUUUUCAUCUCUGCCUAUUGUACAGGGGAAAUCAAAACCAAUUAAAAUUUUAAGCAGACUGACACUUAUAGUAUCAGAUCCAUCUCACUGCAAUGUUCUGAGAGCAACAUCUUCCCGUGUCAAGCUGUAUGACAUUGUUGCAGUUUUCCCUAAGACAGAAAAACUUUUCCAUGUUGCUUGCACAAGUUUAGAUGUAGAUUUGGUAUGCAUAACAGUAACAGAGAAAUUGCCAUUUUACUUCAGAAGACCUCCCGUUAAUGUGGCAAUUGAACGAGGUAUUGGCUUUGAGAUUACUUAUUCUCCUGCCAUCAAAGACUCCACAAUGAGGAGAUAUACCAUUUCCAAUGCACUCAGUCUGAUGCAGAUCUGCAAAGGGAAGAACGUAAUUAUAUCUAGUGGUGCAGAAAGGCCUUUAGAAAUAAGAGGACCAUAUGAUGUAGCGAACUUAGGCCUGUUGUUUGGGCUCUCUGAAAGUGAUGCCAAGGCAGCAGUAUCCACGAAUUGCAGGGCAACGCUUCUUCAUGGAGAAACCAGAAAGACUGCUUUUGGUAUUAUUUAUACAACAAAGAAGCCAAGAACAACUGAAGAGGAUGACAGUGUUCCAGCCUGCAAAAAAGCCAAAUGUGAGGACUGACUGAAAGAGGUGCCUUGACUUUCACAGACCUGUCCCUCUGCUUUCAUUGACUGUCACCAGCAGUCAUGAAGAAAAUACUCCACCGGGCUCCCUGCUUGAAUUUUAUGUUGGAAUUAAUCAUUUUAUAAACCUAUUUUAUGUCCCAGUCAAUGAAAAAGGAAACAGACCAAUGAAGUAAUUUAGAUAAACUUUGUUUAAAUGAAAAAUAGAGCAAUAUUUUAUCCGCUUGCAAGUAAGACAUUGUGGAGAACAUAAAACGUUGACAAAAUGUUUUAAUUCAUUGAAUUUUUACUUUCUCUCUCUCUCUCUUUUAUUCUUUAAAAACUUUUAUGCCUUUUUGUACAACUGUAUCAGUAAUUUAUUUUUUCCAUAUUACUACUCAAGAUAAAUAGUAUGUUUAGGGGUAUAUUAAAAUUUGCCCUCUGAGUAAAACUUUUAUAAUGCUGA